UUGUUUUUAACAGUAUACAGGUAUGGUCGAAAUGUUAUUUUCAAAUGGUCUUAUUCAGUUUUUCUUUUAUGGUGUAAAUAAACCUAGAAAACAGACUUUUUAGAAAAGGGAUGUUGUGGUAUAAUAUUAAAUAGUCCAUUAAUGUCAAAACAAAAGAAAAAAAAUCCAGUGCGGCUGUGUUAAAGCAAUGCUGCAGAAUAAUAGAAAUGUUUCCAGAGGGAUGCAUAAUGUUGCAAACAACACAAUAACAGGACAUAACUUUAAAAGGGGAAAUACCUUUUUAUAGCGCUUUAGAUGAGUGCACCUCACUAAAUUAAAAUGUCACUGAAAAAAUAACAUAUUUUAAUAAAUCAAAGCAUGUCUUUUUAUUAAACCGUGGCUUACAGGCAGAUGGUGACAGCCCAAAGUUUAGUUUCUGAGAGUUAGGACAAACGCAGCCGUAGUGUAUUUUAGUUUUAGUGCAUUUUGCCAUCUAUUUAUCUAAAUCUGAUCUCUUUCGAAAAUUGUCUUAAGCUAAAAUUGUGCAUCAGUGCGAUAAAAAGCUAUUUAAUUUACUUGGAAUAAAUGUAUCCAAAUGACAACUUUAAUUAGUUUAAGAAUUUGCAGAUGGUGAACAGGGUUGAAGUUUGUGCAACCAUGGUCUUUGAGCAAGAAUGUACAGAGUUCAGUUUCCAGCCUGGUGGCCUUUUGCAUGUUCUUGUGCAUAUGAGGGGAUCCUGGCUUCCUACAACCUCAUAAGGAAUUUAAAUCCCAGGUAAAAAAUAAAAUCUGUAGAUAUAUAUCAUGAAAGUAUACAUUUUACUGCAUGUCAUUUAAUACUGUGUCAUCAUUGAAAGUUGUUGCUACUUUCUUGCUCAGGCCAUUAUUGCUAAGGAUACAGUAUCCAUGACCUAAAUGCGACAAAACUAACUAAUAAUUUAAAUAAAUAGAUACAUUUUAGGAGUAAAAUAGAAUUUGGAAUUUUAUAAAGCAUGUGAUAAAAUGGGAGAACUAAUCAAAUCAGCAAACAAAGUUCACUGACAUUUUAACAAUCACACUGAGAGUUAAAUUCAAAAAGAACUCGAGCCUUCAAAGCUUUGAAUGGUCUAAUGGAGUGAACACAAAGUGCUUUUCACAAUCCAGACACUUGAGACACUUGGCAAAUAAAAUGUCCCCAUUUUGGUUUCUUUAGAAUGUAAAUGUAUGUUUCAAAACAGCAGCAUUAUUACAUUUGUUACCUCAACAUUUUAUUGAAAAAGAUAUUAAUUUUAUACUUUUUAAAAGUACUGCAUACUUGAACAUCCAGUGGCAUGAAUAGCAAAGAAAACUUAUUUUUGUAUUUCAGUGUGUGUAUCUAGUGAUCCAGUUUCAUUCAUUAAAGCUAAAUUCUGCAGGCAUGCACUUUGGGCUUGGUAUUUCACUCAACAUACCUGGUUUUAUUUAAAAACAGAGUUCAUUAAUCACUGUGAUGACAUUGAACGCUGAAACAGAACAGUAGCUCUAUUGUGGAGCCUCAGUCCUGGAUUAUCUUCCUCUUAUAUCGGGUACUUUUUUUUUUUUUUUGGAGACUGAAGCAGUGGGCCUUCCCAUUCGUUUGGACGGGGUACAGAGUCUCUCUUGGUCCCUUAUCCAGUUACAUGAACUUGGACACAAGAAUCGCAGCACACAAGGUUUUUCUUGCAAAAGAAGAAGAUGGCUUUUUUAACAACGAAAAUGAUGCAGAGAACUGCAAUGUUUUUAUCUUUUGGGAGCUACGUCACCUCCCUGGUCACUGCAUUUUUACCCCUUUGGAAAACAAUGAACUCGGAUCUCAAUGAGGUGGAGAACUGGUUUUCAGGGCUUUGGCUCACCUGCCUCUACACAGAGGAGAGAGGGAUUCAGUGCAAGGCCUACGAUUCUGUCCUGGGUCUACCAAUGGAUCUGCAGAUCUCCAGGGUCCUUGUGUUUAUAUCCAUUGGAACUGGAGGUUUUGCUCUGGUCACCGCCUUUCUGGGUCUUGAGGGGGUUGAGAUGUGUGUAAGGAAGCCAGAUGUAAAGAGAGGGCUCCUGAUCUUCAGCGGGGUAAUGACCUGGGUGUCGGGACUAACCAUUCUGGCUCCUGUGUCUAUUUUGGCGUACACAACUGUGGUGGAGUUCUGGGAUGAAGGUUUUCCUGAUGUGAUGCCUCGGUGGGAGCAUGGCGAGGCGAUGUUCUCUGGAUGGUUUGGAGGUCUGGGUCAGGUCAUCGGAGGAACGCUGUUCUUUGUGGCUGUGUGCAUGGGGGACUACGAUCUGCGAAGGCUGAGUGCCCCAGUCAGUCCAGAGCUGAGACCCAGGACAAAGAACUACCUAAAGACAGAGGUUCUGUAGCUUUUGAUUUUCAUUUGAAAAAAUGUACUGCAUAUUUUUACAUAUGGUGGCAAAAAAAGUUUGUAAAUAGAUGUUUGAUUAAAAACCGAAGCUUUUGUAAAACUUGCAGAGCUG